UGGGAUUCAAACCUGUAUCUUUGGGGGCCAAAGACAGCAACUCUAAUCACUACUCUACCAGCUGCUAACAGGGGUUUACUUGACCCCUUUGCCCAAGUUGACAAACAGUGCUAAAUACAUUUACAUUUAUUCAUUUAAUAGCUGCUUUCCUUCAAAGCGAUGUACAUCUUAGAAAUACACCACACUAAAAUUCUUGCGUUCAUCAGCAGAACCUUUUAACACUGUCACACACACACUGAGGGCUGUUUAGAAACACCAGUUCACCUGAAACGCAUCGUCUUUCGACUGUCAGAGGAAACUGCGAAGAACAUGCAAGCUCAGCACAUACUAGCACAUACUGUGCCACAUUUGAACCCACGUUCAAACCCUCAGUACAGCCAAAUGUAGGGUACAACCUCAUGUAGAGUAAGUGGAAUGAAGAUCAGAGUUGCUAAAUGUGUUGAAGUCUUACUUUGUACAUUUUUAUUUAUUAUAGCUGUAGCAGACUGUGUAAAGCAAUGUUCACAAAGUGGAUGAUCCUCUUAAUUACUGCUUUUAUAGCAUUUUGCAGGUUUGCUGAGCAUUUCGUCACUCUGCUAAACACCCCUUACGACUUUUAUAAGUUGCUGUGGAGAAAAUUUUCCGUUCAGUUAUGCUUAGUGUACUGGUGCAGGAACUCAUUACAAGGCUGCGUCAGUUCAUGAUAAGGAGUUAACCAGCCUUUUCCAGCCCACUUGACAUGUUACCCAAAAUAUAUCAAAAUUAUAUCAAAAAUGAAAACAGGAUGUGCUGCGGUCAGCUGUUGCUGAUGAUAAAAUCGAAAUCCAUUUAAAAAAUAUCUUUAAACCAGUUUGGAGCAACAAUAACGUCCAUAAAAUUUUGCAAGUGAUGUACAUGCGGUGGGAGGACUUUUGCGGAUGCGUGAGAUGAAUAAUUUAACACAGAACUUGUCUGUAGACCUUGUGCUUUUGGUAAUAAAACAUUAAAAUGCCGAUAUGAAUUGUGAUAUGAAUUUUGAUGACCUUUCAUAUCAUCAGUGGGUAAUGACUGAGGUUUUACUGACUGCAGGGUAGUUAACACACUCAUUCUCUUGGCCAAAGGCUAAAGUUCUGUUUGUCUCGCUCAGCUUUUCUUUAUACCUGUUCAGAAUCUUGGGUGUUUAGUUAUUUACACCAUGUCAAUAAUCAGGCUGUCCCUCUUCAUUACUCUCCUUGUGGUCUCCAGUGCUUAUAUUAUUCCUUUAUCAUCCCAAAGGACCGAUAUAUAUGCAGAUGAGCAAAAUGACAACAUGGGAAAUCCGUACGUCAACCUGGGUGCGAAAACCCCCCUAAUUGAAGGUGAUAUAGCACUCCCCGCUGGACGCAACGCCCUCAUCAACACAGCUUUCAGAUGGAAAUUCCCCGUUCCUUAUAUCCUGGCCGACAGCCUCGAUCUGAACGCCAAAGGAGCUGUUUUCCAGGCCUUCGAAAUGUACCGCCUCAAGUCUUGUGUUGAUUUUAAGCCAUAUGACGGAGAGAAGACAUACAUCAAGUUUGAAAAGAAAGAUGGGUGCUGGUCCAUGGUGGGAGACCAGCAGACAGGCCAGACACUCUCUCUCGGCAAUGGGUGCGAUCAUAAGGCUGUGAUUGAACAUGAACUUCUCCAUGCCCUGGGAUUCUACCACGAGCAGUCUCGCAGCGACCGGGACGACUAUGUGGACAUCUGGCUCGACCAAGUCCUCCCAGGUUUGGAGCACAAUUUCAAUAAAUACGACGACAGCUUCGUCACUGACCAGAACACCCCCUACGACUACGAGUCCCUCAUGCACUAUCGCCCGUACUCCUUCAACAAGAACGACAGCAUUCCAACCAUCACUACCAAGAUCCCCGAGUUCAACAACAUCAUCGGGCAGUACCUUGACUUCAGUGCCCUGGACGUCCUCAGGCUCAACAGAAUGUAUAACUGCUCAUCCUCCCUGACGCUGUUGGACCAGUGUGCAUUUGAGUACAUCAGUAUCUGCGGGAUGAUCCAGAGCCACAUUGAUGAUGCGGACUGGGUCCACACCCUGGGUACUGCGGGAGCAGAAGACCAUACAGUUGCCGGACGUUGCAGAGACGCAGGCUAUUUCAUGCACUUCAGCACGAAUGAAGGAGCUGCCGAGCAGUCAGCCCUUCUGGAGUCGCGCAUUCUGUACCCAAGGAGGACCUUCCAGUGCCUGCAGUUCUUCUACAAGAUGACCGGCAGUGUUAAGGACAGGCUGGUGGUGUGGGUGAAGAUGGACGAUGGGUCAGGGAACGUGCGGAAGCUCAGGAAAAUACACACGUUUUGGGGGGAUAAUGACCAUAACUGGAAGAUUGCCCACGUGCCCCUAGAGGUGGGCGUGAAAUUCCGAUAUGCUUUCCAAGGCAUCCGUGGCGAUCCCGCUCAGUCCAGUGGCGGGAUUUUCAUUGACGACAUCAGCCUGACAGAGACCCGCUGUCCUUCAGCCGUCUGGCAGAUCCGCAACUUCUCCAAAAUCCUGGAGAAUUCAAACCGCAGUACAAUUCUGAUGAGUCCGCGGCUCUACAGUCCCGAGGGCUAUGGUUUCGGAGUCAUGAUGCGGCCUCACUCCGACUAUGAGGACUACACUGGGGGCUUCACUGGCUUCUUCUUCCACCUGGCCAGCGGUGAGAAUGAUGGUGCUCUCCAGUGGCCGGCCCUUUACCGACAGGCCACCAUCACGGUGAUGGACCAAGACCCGGAUGUCAAGCUGAGGAUGUCAUCUGCCCGUAGUCUGACCACAGACAUGAGCCAGACUCCCGAAGGCAAGCUGUUUUGGGAGAAUCCCUCCAAAGUGGGAACAUACGACCCAUCUUGUCAGUGCUACAGAGGAGCCUCGCGAGGCUGGCAGAGUUUCAUCAAACACUAUGAUCUGCGUCGCCGGAGCUACAUGAAGAACGACGAUCUCAUCGUUUUCGUUGACUUUGAAGAUCUGACAAGUCUGAUCAAAACAGAAGUGCCUGUUAACCCAAAAGGCUAACUGGAGCACUCCUCACAACCAGAGAGAAAAGACAGGCGAGCUGCAGCUUUUGUUGCUUUGAAGCAAACUUUUGCAGGAAAAAAAGCAAUCAAAUGGAACUGAACAUUUGCAAACUUCAUCAAGCCAUUCUGAGCUGUUUCUAAAGAGACUGUGCAGCUUUUAUUCAGGCACUUUUGUUAAGAAAUAUUCCUGUAUCUGUGUAAUUUGAUUUACAGAGGAUCUUCCUGUAUCAGCAGUCUGUCAUUCAGGUGUAUAUUUGAAUGUCUUUCCAUUCUAAAUUAACUGAAAGUUUUUGUAACAUCUACAUGUGUGACAUUGCAAAAAUGAGCAUUUUAUCUAAAUAAAGAACCACG